CGUUAACGUUAACGUUAAAGACUUGUAAUGAUACUUCUGGUGGUAGCAUGUCCCUGGUUAAUUUUUUUAUUCAGUCGACUUUACUUUGGAGUACAGUGUCCCAAGUGGGCUAACAAGAUCUGUGAGGCCCAAAUAUAUCCUUAAUGUCCUCUCCCCCUCUCACUGGCCAGUUUGGCUGCAUCUAUGAGCUCCCACCCGCAUACCACUGCGGCAGACAGCAGCCCUGUCAGCUCCCUGGAUUCUCCCCUCUCUGUUACAAGUUCAUCACUUGGCUCACCUGGUGGCCCAGCAACACCUUCAGCGAGCUGUGGACCCUUAAGUAACCCUGAGAUAAACUCUUCAGUGUCCAUCUCAGGGCUGCAUGCAGUAAGCAGCUCUGAUGAUGUUAAGCCUCCAUUUGGCCUAAAGUCUCUGUCAGCCCACAGCCCUGGGCCUAUGCUAUCCCAGAAACGGAUGUGUAGCAUCUGUGGAGACCGAUCUUCAGGCAAACACUAUGGGGUGCACAGCUGUGAGGGAUGUAAGGGCUUUUUCAAGCGCACUGUUCGAAAGGACCUGAGCUACACCUGCCGGGACAACAAGGAUUGUGUGGUGGACAAGCGUCAGCGUAACCGCUGCCAGUACUGCCGCUACCAGAAGUGCCUGGCCACGGGCAUGAAGAGAGAAGCUGUCCAGGAGGAGAGGCAGCGCAGUAGGGAGCGGGAGGGGGAGCUAGAGUACAGCCGCGCCGUCAACGAGGAGAUGCCGGUAGAACAGAUUUUAGAGGCCGAGAUGGCGGCCGAACGCAAGACGGUCCACACCGACGGCUCAGGUACCGGCUCGGCCAGCGAUCCGGUCACCAACAUCUGCCACGCUGCAGACAAGCAGCUCUAUGCUCUUGUGGAGUGGGCCAAGAGGAUCCCCCACUUCUCCGAUCUCCCUCUGGAUGACCAGGUCAUCCUGCUGCGUGCAGGGUGGAAUGAGCUUCUGAUAGCUUCCUUCUCUCAUCGCUCGGUUGGGGUGAAGGAUGGUAUUCUCUUGGCUACUGAUCUGCACGUAUCCAGAGAGACUGCUCACACUGCGGGGGUGGAGACCAUCUUUGACAGGGAGAGUGCCCACAAUGCAGAAGUGGGAGCCAUACUUGACCGUGUGCUGACAGAGUUAGUCAGUAAGAUGCGAGAUAUGCAAAUGGACAAAACUGAGCUUGGCUGUCUCCGGGCAAUCGUCCUCUUUAACCCAGAUGCUAAAGGCCUGACCAGCACGAGUGAGGUGGAGCUCCUCAGGGAGAGGGUGUAUGCAUCACUAGAGGCCUACUGCAAGCAGAAGUACCCUGAGCAACAGGGCAGGUUUGCCAAGCUGCUGCUGCGACUGCCUGCCCUGCGCUCCAUUGGCCUGAAGUGUCUGGAGCACCUGUUCUUCUUUAAGCUCAUCGGGGACACCCCUAUUGAAACUUUCCUCAUGGAGAUGCUGGAGGCCCCCCAUCGGCUCCCGUAAGAGGGAGGCUGGACACGCCGGGGCUGCUCCGGGCCUGGGCCGGGCCUGGACCUGUCCAAGCCUCUGGAAUUCACUGUGACUAUUUUCCCGGGGGAAUUCAUCGAUUUUGUAAGACUCUUGGCUGGGGUUUGCUUCCCUCCCUCCCUCUUCUCUUUCUUUCCAUCCCUUGCUCUCAUUUUUUUCCUCUUCUUUUUCUUUUUCCUCCCUAAGCACACCCCAGUUCAGAGCCCCGGAUCUUGAUCCCAGGAUGUGCUGGUGCUAUAGUUUAAUUGUGAGUUGUUGAGUUGAAAUGCAUUUUUAAGCUGGGGGAAUCGAAAGGGUUCUCUCCUACCCACUAAUAUAAGCUCAAAUUUGGGUUUACAUUUUUAUAGAACCAUGUUGAAGAUGAUGAUGCUUUAAUCUUCUGUGAGUAAGCUCCUCUGUGUUUGGAGAGAGCAACACACACAUGCAUGUGUCUCAGCAGAGGCCGGUGCUCCACUCCUGUUGAGCUACACACUCACACAAACGCACACACAUACACACGAACACACACACACACACACACACACACACAUAAUCAAAGAGCUACAUGCACAGCCGCACACAUGCUCAUAGGAAAAGGAAAUACACACACCACACACACACACCACCCCAUGCCUAACUGGCCUCUUUUUGCCAAUGAAACUGGGCCAACCUUUGCGCAACAAAUUGAAAAAUAAUAAUGCCUAUCUAAUGUCAUACACGAACCACAAAGCAAAAUAGUUAACCAAUGUUGAAAAAAUUGAUCAUCUGAAAGUUUUGAUCGUGUGCAAUUUAAAUAGGAACAUUUGAAAAAUGUCGAGCACAUGAGAGAAACCCCUAAGGGGACUUAUGGUGCUGGUCCUUACUGAGCACUUGCAAUGCAGACCGGGCCCGCAGUGGCCAACGGCUCUGUGUGAUCUUGUGUGAGUCUGUGUCUUGCCUUUGUGUGAUUUUAAAAAUGAAAGAAAAAAAAAAGAGAAAAAAAGCGAACCCAGCCUAAAGGCAAGGGACAGAAAUAAGGGUAUCUGCAGCGGCCAAAGUGAGACGCGAGUUUUCACGUGUGGAGAGCGAAGGGCGCCUGGUGGCAGCUGGAGAGAACAGAUGCGUGUGUGUAAACGCUUUGACUUAAGUGUUGCAGGUGUGAUUGUACCUAACGACGCUUCAGCCUCUGCCUGCCACACAGCAUUUAACCUGUUAUAUUUUAUAAUGUGCACUCUCUCGUCAGACGACAUAUCACCUAACGCUGUAAGAUCGAAGAGAGACAAUGAUUCCUAAACUAUAAUGCACUUAUACAUUUUCAUCAAGUGACCAAAAAUGGUCAGAUUUUUUUUUUUUUUUUUUUUUUGUCUUUUUUUAUGUACUUUGGUGCUUUAUAAUAGACACUUGAUGUUACAUAGGCCUGCCCUGGGAAAACAAAAACGAACUAAAACUUGACUUCAAAACAACUAAGACGACACAUUUUGAUGAAGCUGAAGAAUAGCAAUAUGUGUUUUUCUCUCACCAUGCUCUCUCCUUUGUCUUUGUAAAAGGGCGUGCAAUGUUGCAUCUUUGUAUGUUUGAAUGGGAUGUAGGCCUACUCCUGAUGUGUAAAAUUAACACAGGUAAUUUUCUAAAAGUACUGUACAAAUAUUAUUGUUCAGGGACAAUACAAAAAAAUAAUGAUAAAAGACGGAAAAAAUAUAGCCAACACAAAGAGAUUAGACGACACUAUUCUCAAAAACAUUUCCAUUUGCUUUUAGUUGGUGUAGUCAUGUAAGAGAAAUGAGACGUAGGCUGCCUUGCUGUGGUUCUCACCUUCAGGUGCCCUCACGUGUUGCUUCGAAUUGAAAACCUGAGCGUCAGACUAGGACAUUGCACAUGAACGCCAGUCAGUGUUGGAUAAUCAGCUCGGAAGGUCAGGAUUUUUUAAGGAAUGCGACAAAAGUCGUGGAGUUGUGAUGCACUAUGACCCUGAAUGAUUGCUAAUUGUCGAAAGUGUUGCAACAGCAGGAAAGACAUCAAAAGUCCUUCUAAGAAUGUCUGUCUGUAAAUGUAUACACAACACCAAAAAGACCACCGUGGGAUUGUUAUGUUAUACUGACCUUUUUCCUUGCAGUAGUUUGAACUAUUUCCUCUAAAUGCUUUACAUUCUCUCACAACAAUAGAUGUUACAAUCUGUUACAGUACUUUUGCAUCCCCCUGCAGUACUGAGAAGUACACAGCAUGUGUGGGAUUGCAAGGAAAUGCAAAAAGUAGAGUGAGGGAACAUAAAAGUAUUUCAGGAUGAAGAAAAAAAAUCUCAUGGUGGGCUUCCACGUGUACUGUAAAUGUAGACCAACCUAUUGUGCGUAAAUCUUUACUGCCUAGAAAGCCGAAACAAAUAUGUAAACAAUUGAGAAAUAAAAAAAAGAAACAGUGGACAUUCACCGUUAUCAUUUGUCCUCCAUGUUCGACUCCUCCGUGAAACAGAGCUUAAAUACAGUGCAAUUACUGGGUCGACAUGGAAACCACCAACUUGAACAUGACUGCACGUGAGCGCAUCUUUUGCUUCCCCCCCCCCUCUUGAUUCCUGCCUCAGACCCACCCUUCCUCUGACUCCUCCUGUUUUGUUUUCUUCACCAUGCUGGAUCUUUACAUCAUGUUUUGAAAAAGAUAUUUUAGCCUGUCCUUGUGUUGGCUUCAGUUAGACUUACUCACUUUGCUGUUUGCAUCCUGCUCUGUCUUUUGCUUUCAGCUCAUGGGAUGACGAUUACAACUACAUAACAAUUAUAUUACAUUGCAAAUAUAAGUUCAUGUUUUUGGCAAACAAGUAUUAAACAUACCGGAUUUUGUCUGAACUGGAUUUUGUCUGGUCCUGUCCAAUAAAACGGAACAAAAGCA